GCACGGAGUGCAGUGUGUGGCCAGAGUAAGUGUGAGCUCAAUGAGUGUGGUGGUGUUAGGGAGGAUGCGAGUCCCGUUACCACAUGGCUCUUUUCCAACGAGAGACGUUUUGAGAUCAGACACAGGAACCGGAGCUGAGCAACAGCAAGAACAUCAAAUCCGUCCAUCUUUCUGCAACCAACCGAGCCGAGAUCUUUCUACACACACACACCCGUAGACCGUUAUUCCUAUUUAUCCUUCUUUUAUUCUUGUUUAAAGAGCUUGAAUUGAGCUUUUGGGGUUGAGACAGGUUCAUAACAGGUGAUCAGCCAAAAAAAGGGAUUUACUGCUCGACAAUAUAUUGGCUGUUAGGAGGUGAUGACAGCCGACAAGCCCGGGCCCAUGGUGAACGGGAGGCACGCGGAGGACGCCGAGGCUCCGCGCGCGAACCCCGUGCACGAGCGCGGCCAGUGGGGCAGCAAGUUGGAGUUCAUGCUCUCGGUGGCCGGAGAGAUCAUCGGACUCGGCAAUGUCUGGAGAUUUCCGUAUCUCUGCUACAAAAACGGAGGCGGUGCUUUCUUUGUGCCUUAUGUCAUCUUCUUCGUGUGCUGCGGUAUUCCUGUGUUCUUUUUGGAGACAGCGUUAGGCCAGUUCACCAGCGAAGGAGGAAUCACAUGCUGGAGAAAAGUAUGUCCACUUUUUGAGGGUAUUGGUUACGCAACUCAGGUCAUUGAGGCGCACCUGAAUGUGUAUUAUGUGGUUAUUUUGGCAUGGGCAAUCUUCUACCUGGCUAACUGCUUCACCACCGAGCUCCCCUGGGCCUCCUGUGGCCAUUACUGGAACACAGAAAACUGUGUGGAUUUCAACAAUGCCAGUUUGGCAAAUUUCACCAAUCCAUAUUCCACCUCACCAGUCAUUGAGUUUUGGGAGCGUCGUGUCCUCAGUAUAUCCAGUGGAAUUGAGCAUGUUGGGAAGCUGCGCUGGGAACUUGCUCUGUGCCUUGCAGUGGCCUGGGUCAUUUGUUAUUUCUGCAUAUGGAAAGGUCCUAAAUCAACUGGAAAGGUGGUAUACGUCACUGCAACCUUCCCUUAUUUUAUGUUGGUGAUCCUGCUUAUUCGAGGGAUCACACUUCCUGGUGCAGCAGAUGGAAUCAAGUUCUACCUUUACCCAGACAUCUCAAGGCUCUCAGACCCUCAGGUAUGGGUGGAUGCUGGAACUCAGAUCUUCUUCUCAUAUGCCAUCUGUCUAGGAUGUCUGACUGCUCUCGGGAGCUAUAACAGUUAUAAUAACAACUGUUACAGGGACUGUGUCAUGCUAUGCUGCUUGAACAGCGGCACAAGUUUUGUGGCAGGAUUUGCCAUCUUCUCUGUGUUAGGUUUCAUGGCUUACGAACAGAAUGUGCCGAUUGAAGCUGUGGCGGAAUCAGGUCCAGGUUUGGCUUUUAUUGCAUAUCCAAAAGCUGUGACCAUGAUGCCGUGGUCUCCUCUGUGGGCGUUCCUUUUCUUCAUGAUGCUCAUCUUCCUCGGUCUAGACAGUCAAUUUGUGUGUGUAGAGAGUCUUGUAACUGCUGUGGUGGACAUGUACCCCAAAACCUUCCGAGUGGGAUACCGUCGAGAGCUCCUGAUCUUAGGGAUGUCAAUAGCUUCAUAUAUAUUGGGUUUAACCAUGUUGACAGAGGGUGGCAUGUAUGUGUUCCAGUUGUUUGAUUCCUAUGCUGCCAGUGGUAUGUGUUUGCUAUUUGUGGCCAUAUUUGAGUCCAUCUGCAUCGGCUGGGUCUAUGGCGGUGACAAGUUUUAUUCGAACAUCGAGGACAUGAUUGGUUACAAGCCAAUAUUUUUCAUCAAGUGGUGCUGGAAGAUCCUUACCCCUGGCAUUUGUUCAGGAAUUUUCCUCUUCUUCUUGAUCAAGUACAAGCCCCUGAAAUACAACAAUGUGUACACGUAUCCAGACUGGGGUUACGCCAUUGGAUGGACAAUGGCAAUGUCCUCGAUGAUCUGCAUCCCCCUGGGCAUUAUAGUCCAGAUCUGGAAAACAGAAGGAACCUUUAAGGAGAGAAUCAAGAAGCUGACAACCCCAAGCUCUGAUUUGAGGAUGAGAGGCCACCUCAGUGCAAAGAGUCCCUAUGCCAUUAAUGAUGCUGAUGCUAAAAUGAGGGUGGACGGCAAAAUCUCCACCAUUACGGAGAAGGAGACACAUUUCUAAACCUGUACCUACCAAGACACGGUCACAGCCACCCAGAUUGGAAAGGAAAAGAACUUAAAGCUUGCCUGAAUUAUUGGUGAAGAGAAAUAUGAUUAUCACAUUCUUAGUCUUGCCCUUUUUGCACAAAUGAUUAACGCAUCCAUUAAAAGUUAACUUCACGAUAAAAGAAAGUCUUAUAUUCAAGUUUAUCAAAAAUCUAGACUGUUAAAGGUGAACUUGUUCUUUGUGUAUUUUUGUGACACUAGUGAUGUCACCAAGGUAAAAAAAAAAAAAAAGUGCUGUAAAGUGUUUCUGCAUUUUGACUCUUGGCCAUGGCAUUAUUCUCUACAGAAUGUUCCUAAUGUGUAGACAAAUCAUUUUAUGACCAUUCCAAAUGUUACAGGUAUGUUUGUAGAGGAUUCUUUAUUUGCUGGAUAAAAGUGAUGGUACAUUUGUUUGGCAAUAGCCUCCUCGCAGGGCGAGCAUUAGUUAGCACUCACGGUGCCCAUGUUAUUUUAUACAGCAUGGACUCAAUGCCACUUCACAAUGGUUAAACUGAGUUUAAUCCAAGGUGACAAGACCGCACACAAUUCAUUAUUUUUGUGCUUUGCGAACAUUUUUCAGAUAGAACUUCAGAACUUGACUCUCUAAUGCGAUAGUGGGCACUUCAUUUCUCUCAGUAUUAUACAAAAGGUUUGUUGACAAGCUGGUGGCCCAUGGGCAGCUGUUUAGGUUCAGGUCAGGUUUUUUCGCAGCACACAUUGACUAUAUGGAUACCAUUAUAGAUAAAUGUGGCUUCUAAUUGUUGGUUGAGUGUUAUGUAAGUUUGGGCCUUAAGAUAGGAAAAGAUUAAAGGUAAGUAGGAUUUAACAGGGAUAUGCCGCAAAAGGGAUUAAUUGAGUCCUAAUGUUUUGGACUGGCUAACACACUCGCUGCUAUUAUCAUUUUUACCACCUGGUUUGUAGAGUGAAAUGUGCCCCUAAAAUGUUAGUUACCAUUACACUGACUUAAUAAGCUAAAUAUAUUUUUAAUUUUGUGAUUUAGCUAGUUUAUCGAAUGUGUUCGAUAGAAGUGUUGGCUAAGAAAGAGCGUGAGAGUGUUAUAUCAGGGCACCCAGCUACUUCUAUAUGUAGAUGUCCGGUUGUCUUGGAUCCACUGUGAACCCUGUGCACAUGCAUGUGAUCUUUGGUAUGGUCUAAUUCAUAAUGACACUGUCACCUCUGUUUGUGCAAGUAAACUGUUUUACUGUUUUAAUAGCCUAACUUUUGAGAUUGAUGUAUAUUUUUACAUUUGGUUAGGGCAUUUUUGUGUGUACUAUUUCUUGAGAUGAACAAAAAAAAAAUGUGUUUAUUGGAUGAAUUUUGAUAUGCCAUUCAACAUGGUGUUUUAGAGAUAUAAUGCAAAUGUUAUAUGUGCUGUUUACACAGAUUUUGGUAUUCACAGGACAUAAGAAUCUGCUUACUCAUUUUUAAAAAUAAAAGAUAAAAAAGAAA